UCAUGGUCUGUAGGUGUUUCUAUGGCUUUGGAAGAGGUUUGUUUGUCAUUAAAUAUAUGAGCACUCAUCCUUGCACUGAGAGCGAGAGAGAAUGAAUCACUCAAGUGCUGCUGUACAUUACAGAACAGGAAGGACGUGUCCUCAGGGCUGCGAGACUGACAGGUCUCUGGGCCAAUAGUAAGGUCAUUAUGAGCUUGACAAAUCAAAGAAAAAAAUUGUCCCAUUCAUCCUCUAAAUACUUCUUGUUGUUUGUUUUACCAUUGAAAAUCUCUUCAAUACAUGCCAUUUGCCUUCUAGGUGAAGUUUAAGCGUGGCUCCAAUAUCCAGAUACUUUUUGGGUGUUAAUACAUUAAUUAGUCAGGCAUUGAUAGAGUCUUAGCAUGAGCAUGUUCUCUCUGUCUGUCUCUCUGUGGCCUCUUGGCAUCUCCGGCAGGUUUCCAGUCCAAGGCCGCCAGUGACAUUUGUAGCUCUGUUUGUAUCUCUUAAAGCACCGCAGGUUUCCAUCUGCUGUCUCGCGCAUUCAUGCUUCCCAAACAUAGACAGACAAAGACACUGAGAAACCUAAUGUACACAUGUGCCGGGCUAUAUCUGCAUGUGUGUAUAUUAGAAGAAUAUAGACAGGCUAUAACAGUUUGUAUUAUUAUUCUUUAUAUGCCUCAAUAAAUUUAGGAUAAAAAGUUAUUUUAACUUCAUUAAAAUAUCUCAAUGUAACAAUGUUUGUGUAUAUUCAAACAGGACUGACAUGUAGUUUUAAAGUAUUAAAACAAACAGAAAAGCAACCAGAUCAUUUUGUCAUAGACAAAUCUAAUUACAAAAGCACUACACAACAACAACAACAAAUAUAAAGUGUAUACAUUGCUUGCUUCUAUCUGCUCUUGGCUCCUUGACCCAGAUAACAUUCCCAGGCUGUGGAGGAGAAACACGAUUCUACUGACACGGUCAGAAUCUAAUGCCUCAAGGCAUCACAUGCUCCAAAGUUUCCUAUGGGCCAGAACUGUGCCAGAGACGGAGUCAAGAGUAGGACCACAGAGAAGUUACACUUUUAAAAUGAUCCCAGCACAGUCUUGAGUUAGUGGAAAGGUCCAGGAUCAGUACAAAAGGUCACUUCUUUUAUGAUGUUUUCUGUGGUGUGUGACUAAGUGCUGUGGAUUUCAGAACAAUGAAGCAAAAGUAGCAUUUACUAAGUCGAAAGUCAACACAAAAUUUAUUUUACAGCCUAUUUUACUCUUUUGAGUAACCAAACCAAGCUGAAAAAUAAGAUACCUCAUCUUAAAAGGAAUGGCAGACCAACAUUUUUUUUUUUUUUGGCAAUAAAAUGCACUGACAAAUUGUGUGCAAUUAGACUAUCAGAUAACGCAAUCCUCAAAUCCAUGUUGAAACAACUUGAUUUCAUAAACACAUACAAGUCAUACAAACAGACAGUUGUGCAAUACAGUUUAUUAAUCAGUACCAGACACUCAUAAAUAUAUAACACAACUGGAUUAAGCAGCAGGUCAUUCUUAGAUGGCUUGAGAUGUGAUCUUAUUGAAUGCUUGAGGUAAAAAUAGUGUUAUGUUUUGUGUGACCUCAUGAUCUAUUUUUCAUACCAGACUACAGUACAAGAUCCCACAUCAACAGAGAGAUUCAACACAAGUUAGGAAACAGAUUUGAUAGAACUUGUCCUGGUUUUUGAACACAAGGAAAAUUCUUUCAGGACAAUAAACUGAAGUCACAAUGGCAAUAGAUCAGCAGUGUCUUCAGAAAGAGUGGAAAGGUUUGUGGAGAUCAAGAGAGGAUGAAAAUUCGAGCAGCAAAACUGGAUGGAUGGAUGUGAGUGAAGAACAGGAGGGUGAAGAGAAUCCAGGGGAGGAAGAUGAGCGGACAGAAGAAGAGGAUCGAAAGGAGCAGCAAGUAAAGGCAUGGGAAAGUGAGAAGACUGUUGAUGACGAUGAAGGAUGUAGUGUUAGUUUUCCUUUUACGCCUGCAAACAGUGAUAGUGGUUUUGCUAUGUGUAAUGAUAAAGCCAGUGAUGGAGAGGAUGUCGAUACAUAUGACAACAACAAUAACACUGAUGCAGAAUGCAGUAAUAGUUUUCCUGUUACUAAUAGUGAUAACUCAGUGGAUGUGUUUACAAAUGAUGCUAGUGAUGAUGCUGAUAAAUAUGAUGAUAAAGAAUAUAAUGUUAGUUUUCCUGCUGCAUCUGCAAACAGUGAUGGUUUAAGUGCUGCAUGCACAGAUAAUGAAAAGGCUGGUCAUGAAGAUGAUGAUAAACAUGAUGGCAAAAAUACUCAUGAAGCAUAUAGUAAAUGUCCUCCUGUAGCAUUUGCAAAUAGUGACAGGUUAGUCGCUUCAACUAUAAGUAAUGAUAAAACCAGUGAUGAAGAGGAUGGCAAUGACCAUGACAACAAUGGAUUUAGUAUUAGUUUUACUGUUACUUCUGCAAAUGGUGAUGGUUUAAUUGCCGCAUGCACAAAUAAUGAUAAAGAGGAUGUGGAUAAAAAAGAUGACAAAAAUAACAAUGACGAACAUAAUAAUAGUUCACCUGUUAUGUCCACAAACAGUGAAGGUUUAGUUGCUUCACUUAGAAAUAAUGAUGAAGUCAAUGAUGACAAGAGUGAAUAUAAUAUACAUGUUGACAUUAACGGCAAUGAAGAAUAUAUUAGGAGUUUACCUGCUACUUCUGCAAAUGGUGACAGUUCUGUUGCCAUGUUUGCACAAAAUGAUGAAAGCACUGAUAACGAUUAUGGUAAAUACGACAAAGAAAAUGAAAAUGACUGUUUUACUACUGCCUCCAUCAGUACCGAUGACAUUGGUGUUUCAGAAAAAGACUUACCAUUUGGAGGUUUAACAUUUAGAGAUGAAGAGCAGCACAUGGCAGACUCCAGCUCUGAACAGGAAGCGAUAAAUCAAGAGUUAGAGGAGGAGGAUGAAGAAGAAGAUGAUGAAUAUGAUGAAAGUGGCAGUUUUGAAGAUUCUGAAGAUGAGGAUUGCAACAUGUAUCCUAAGAAGCUAUACUCUGAUCCAGCUUACCCAGGAGUGGUCUUCCAGGCUCUUGAGAACAUGAUGUUGUAUUCGGUCCUCACUGACUUGACACUCUUCACAGAGGAUGGAUACCAAUUCCAGGUUCAUUCCUUUGUCUUGGCUGCGGUCAGUUACCUUAUUCAGACAAGACUCAGAGAGAAGCCCAAACAAGAGCAGUGUAUCUCAUUGUAUAUGGGUCCUGAGGUUCAUGGUUCAGGAUUGGCAGCAGUGGUGGAGUUCGCCUAUACGGGGAACAUCAGCAUUCUGAACAAAGGCAACAUGAAAUGGAUUCGGUCUGCAGCUGUCAGCCUGGAAGCUCUGAGAAUUCUAGAACUCUGUAAAGAUGAGGAAGAAAGAGAGGAGGAUGAGGCAAGAGGAAAGAAAGUGGACAGAAAAGAGAUUUCUGCUGAGGAACAUAUGAAAAUUAGUCUUCUGCAAAUCAGAAAGAUGUGGACACAGAGAAUGGGAUGUGACGUGGAGCUUGAAGCAGAGGAAAGAGUGUUUCAUGCUCACCGGGCGCUCCUGGCUGCCUGCAGCGACUAUUUCAGAGGCAUGUUUACCAGCGGUAUGAAGGAAAGCCGACAGGAAUCAGUGUCUCUGCUGUUAGUCGGGGCCGCCGAGUUUGAAGCCCUCCUGCACUACACCUACAGCGGGGCUCUUGCUCUCGGAUGGGGCUGCGUGUUUGAUCUCACCUGUACAUCUCUGCAAUUACAGUUCCAGACUGCCUUCUCACUGUGCCUUAACUUCCUGCAACAAGAAAUAGAUGCUUACAGCUGCCUAGACGUAGCAUCUUUCGCACAGGCCUAUGGGAUGGCGGACUUACUUGCACUGGCCGAUGACUUUGUCUUGAGGCACUUUCAAGACGUGUCCAUCACUCCAAAGUUCCAAGAUCUUCCUGUAGAGAAACUGAAAAAGUACCUUCAAAGUGAUUCUCUCUGUGUUCCCUCGGAGUUGCCCGUGUUCAAAGCAGUCAUGUGUUGGAUCGAAGCCUUUCCCAGAAAGCGGGUCAAACUUGCCAGGGAGCUGAUGGGAACCAUACAGUUUCCCCUCAUGACCUUUAAGGAGUUCAAAGAAGUGAAGUCCAUAACAUCUUGGCCGAGAAUUGGUGCCAAAAGACUAUACGAUUCUCUCUUUGAGGAGUUCUGUUCCAGUUCUUCAGAUGUUCAGUCAACUUUCAGGGCCUAUAUGCCUAAGGACACUCUAGUCCUUGUUGGGGGUGAGAGGAUGACUGAUAAUUUUGACAAACGUAGACCCUGUAUGGACAUGUGGUUUAGCAAUUCCUUGCAGAACCACGUUGGAUUGGUGAAGAAAGUAGAGUGGAGAAUGCUGGGAACUUUACCUGAGAAACCAAGAUUCAGUCAUGGAGUUGGGGUAAUGAGGGGCAAGCUUUACGUAGUUGGCGGACGGCAUUAUUACGGCAAAACUGAUACCAUGAAUUGCACCUACAGGUACGAUCCCAUCCAAAAUGUUUGGCAAAGGUUGGCGGAUAUGCAUGAGGCAAGAAGCAGCUUCACUCUAGUGGUCCUGAAUGGUAAACUAUAUGCUAUUGGUGGAGAGAGAGACUCAGAGGUCAAUAUGGAGAGUGUGGAGGUUUACUGCCCCAACACAAAUUCUUGGAGUUUUGUCCACCCAUUAGGCUAUGCUCUAUGCGGUCACGCGGCCAGUGUGUGGAACGGCACAAUCUUCCUAUCAGGAGGCUUUAACAGUCAAUACCAGUGCCUGUCGUCUAUGACCCUUUACCAUCCUGAACGAGGAUCCACUUACCUGGCUGAAAUGACACAUGAUAGAGCCCUGCACUGCAUGGAGACCCUAGGUGACUGUUUAUACGUGGCUGGAGGGGUUUCAUGCGAAGCUGAUGGCUAUCUGGUAGAUCAAUUAGCCUGUGAGGUCUAUGACCCUGUGGCCAACUCCUGGAGUGCCAUUAUGCCAUUCCCAGUGCCACAUGUUGGGUCAGCAUCAGCGGUCUUAGAGGGGAAGGUCUACAUUAUCGGAGGCCACUGCCAGGAGGACUACAGUGAUACCAAAACAGUGCACCGCUAUGAUCCUGCAACAGAACGCUGGGAAAACAUGAGUGUGACACCAGGCCCGAAUACAUACAUAGCUGCCUGUGUGCUGCCCAUACCAGCUCAUCGUAGACAAUAAGAGGGGGAUAUCUUCAAUAAAAUGCAUUGUUGCAUUGUGCAUUAUCUCCACCUCAUGGCAAGAUUAAAAAAAAAAAAAAAAAGUUCAGCUUGAGGCAAAAGAAAAAUUAUUUGAACAGGUGGUUCACAAUAUAUAUACAGUAUAUACUAUAAAGUGCGUUAUUGUCAACAUGAUUUUCAUUUUUACAAAUUGGAGAUUAAACUUACUUUCUCUGUGUCACAAAUACGCUCAACCAAGCUUUGUUUUUAUUUAACCCAUAAUAUUUUGUAGGGAGCGAAUUUAUUUCCAAAUAAAAUUAAUUCUGAGGCCAAAACUCAGGAACUCUCCCAAAGACAGAUGCCAUGCAAUAAAGCCAUGAAACUAAUCUGGAGAAGAGAUCUCCAAAGACAACAAAAGAUAUUCAAAGAGAACAAACAACACCACCCUGACCAAACUUAUCUCCUUGACCAUUUACGACCAUCUCUGCCCUCUCUGUCUCUCCUCCCUCACUCUUCUUCCCCAAAAGCAAGAAUAUCCAUAUGCCACAAGUGUCAUAUUUUGUCAGUGUUGUUUUUUCCCCUUCAUGUUUGGUAUCAUUUUAAAGGUCUCUGUGCGAUGGGUAAAUUGGUCUCAAUUUCAUAGCAGUCACUUAUAUUAUGAGAAAUAUUGAAAACCUUAGUGAAUUCUGUAUUUCUGUUGUAGGCGGUCUCCUUUCAAAAUCUGAUAAACAUUGCUCUACAGGUGUGACCAUUUGGGGCACGGGAGCAGCUCCUACAGAGGCUUCUCAUUCCCCAUACACAGAUGUAAUCUGUUUUGGGGCCAAGAAUAAAUGUUUAUGGGCCUAUUGUUCUGGUAGUAUUUAAGGGAAAGUUGCAAAUCAGUCAUUGCGAUUCUGUAGCCAGAUCAGCCCGUAGUGUGGAGUGUAUUUCAUAUGCUCCAUUCUAUGUAUUUUCUUGAAGUCAAGUAUACAUUUUUACUCUUAGAUUCAUCUUUGAACAACUGAUGUUAUGUAUUUCCUUAUUUUUGAAUUGGCUUCUUAUUAUGUAACUGGCACGGCACAUUUACCUGACUAAUAAGAAAUUGUUAUAUUUGAUUUAUUCUGAUCUCUUCUGAAAUCAUUUUUUUAAGCAGGUUAAUGUGUAUUUCCGCAAAUCUGCGUUCAGGACAGAUCAUACCAAAGCACCAAUGGAUGAACCAUGGGGAACGCCAUGAGGGAGACUUUGGAUUUCUGACUGUCACUGGCUUAACACGGUGUACCUCUCGUGGUUAUAGGAAAAAAAAAUACACUUUUUGUUAUGAGUAUGCAGGCGCUUAAAGGUAUUAUAACCACUCUGCACCCUUUGAGUAAGUUUAGAACUGACGAGUUUGUGUCUGUGCGUUCACUGUUGGACGAGUGAAUUGCUAAGCGACAGGGGCGGACUUAGUGAUUUGGGGGCCCUAAGCAAAUUUUGGGUAUGGGGCCCCAACACAAUUACUUUAUGCUCUUUUACGCCUAUAGCUAUAACUAGUUUAUUUAACCCUUCACAACUUAAGUAAAUAAUUAGUCAACCUGAUGCUGUUCUAAAGCCAUAUUACCUUUUUUUUUCGGAUCACAAAAGAAGACAUUAUAAAAAAAAAAAAAUUCUUGUACUUGUCAUUUAAUGAAUUGUAAACGUCUUCAAUCUUUUUAAAAAGGAUUCAAAUGUCAUAAUUAUCCCAUGCAACUCGUUCUGUAUUCCAAGUGCUCUGAAGGCAUCCGGUAGGGUUUGCUGAGAAACAAAUCGAAAAUGUAAUCUAUUAUUAAGUGAAAAUCUCCGGUCAUAUGGCAUUCGUGCAUUUAUACGAGUGUGCGGCAGUUUGCACCGGCGCGCAUAGGAAAAGCACACAAGUGAGUCAUUUUGAAACAUCAUGAUAAAUAAAAUCAAGACACAAAACAUUAUACUUUCUUCUCUGAGGUUAAUAUAUUUGUUCUGAGACAGUCAGACAGUAUUAUGCAGCUUAGAAUGCCCACAAAGAGUGCUAAUGGGCCUACUAAAAGCUGUCACUCACUUCAAAUAUUUGCGAUCUCACGGCGUUCCGUUAAUAAGCUAUCUGCACAAUAAAUCUCUUAUUAUAACAAUGUGUAGAUACGAUGUAAAUGAGAGGAUUCGCAAGCUUGCAGAACUCAGGACCUGACAAAAACUCAGCGUUUUGAGUGGUGAGUGAACAUUUGAUGCUCUCCAUAACACAAAUACACACUGGAGUGUUUGCCAAACAUGUUUCACCAAUAUCAGAUGGGGCCCCCCUGAUUCCCUGGGGCCCUAAGCGGCCACUUUCCUCGCUUAUUGGUUAAGUCCGCCCCUGCUAAGCGAUACCUGGUCCCUAAUGAACGAAGAAUUGAAAGUAUGGGAUUUUCAGAAUAAUCAAAUAUCUAAAUUAAUACAAUCGAUG